AUGCCUGAGAAGACCAAAUAUAACCUGGUGGAUGACAGUGAUGACAGCUUCCAGUGCGGCAUUGCGUUCCAGGUGAAGUUUAUUGGCACUUUGGACAUUGUGCGUCCCCAAAGCAGGCUCGACAUCCUGGCAGCCAUGAGAAGGGUCCGGUAUGAGUUUAAAAUGAAGAACAUCAAGAAGAUGAAAGUCAGCCUCAUCGUGGCGGUGGAUGGUGUCAAAGUGGUGUUGCAUAAGAAAAAAAAGAAAAGCGCAUAUAGCUGGGAUGAAAGUCAUGUAACACUGGCACAGGAUCCCAUUUACAGAAUAUUCUAUGUGUCCCAUGAUUCCCAAGACCUUAAAAUCUUCAGUUAUAUUGCAAAAGAUAAGAAGAGUAAUGUGUUCCGCUGCAACGUGUUCAAAUCCAAGAGAAAGAGUCAGGCUAUGAGAAUUGUGCAGACAGUCGGACAGGCAUUUGAGGUUUGUCAUAAACAGAGCCUGGACACUGUGGAUGCAGAAUGGUUGGUGAAGUGUGAGGAGGAGAGAAGAGAUGAGGAGGACACUCCAGAUGCUGAUACCAACCCAGAGGAGAUGAUGCAGAAGACAGAUGUAAAGGUCUCUGAAGAUACCGUGGUGGAAAUAGAGCCAUCAGGACUGCUGUCUCUGAUCCCAGAGCACCUGUCAUUGAGCCACCGGGUCCAGCUCCUGAAGAAACAGCUCAAACAGCAGGAACAGAAGAGCCAGGCUGCUUCAGCACAGGCUGCCCUGCUCCAGCAGCAGCUGUGUUUGGAGGCACGGGCGAGGACAGAGGCUCAGGUUCGAGCUCAGCAGCUCCUGCAGCAGAAUGGCGAGCUCCUGCAACACCUCUCCAUGCUCAUCAAACACAUCCAGGAGCUGGAGCUCCGCACACACUCGUCCUCCUCUGCCAUGGGAUCUCAGGACAGCCUGUUGGAGAUUGCUCUGAGAGACAACGUUCCUCAUUUCUCACCCCUGAAGAAGCCUAAUGUGGUGCAUCUGGAUCCGUUCAGCUUCUUUCCAGAGUCUUCGAACGGUGAAAAGAAGCCAGAGCAGGACCGGGAUUCAGGCCAGGGUCAAGACGAAGAGCGAAGUGAGAGUUCUCCUACCGAGGCUCACUUUUUCUGCACUUUGGAGCUUCCUGGGUUUAGGGAAUCGGGUAUUGCAUCUGGAUAUGAAUCGAAUACGGAUGAGAGUGAUGAUAGGGAGAGCUGGGGCCAAUAA